GUCACAGGAAGAAAUUAUGCAAACACUUUGAUGCAAAAGGCAAAAGGAAUGAGGAAUGGGGCUGGUUGAGGUCACGGUAGUAGGAGUGCUGGGCAAAGAUCCUGUUUGGGCGGAUGAAGCUGCCUUCAUCUUAGCAAAGCCAGUUGCUGGGUAUGAGUACGCCUCUGCUCUGGUCUGCCGUUGGCGUUCAGCUUGUGUCCUGCCGUAGAGAAGAUCAAAGAGGAGUCCUGUGGUAAAAGUGCUAAAAGGAGACUUUGAAGACGUGUCCGCCUGGUCAGUACGAGGCUCUGCACGCUAGAAACGGACUCAAGACUACCAUUCAAGAGCUGCAGUGGAUGACCUAGGACAUAUUCACAAAUAUCAGUGUCACUAAGCUCAGCGGCCCACCAUGAGUGGCCAUGUGGAGAAAGAUGCCCAGACCAUCAGCCCUGACAUGCCAGCCAUGUUUGAUGGCAUGAAGCUGGCUGCAGUGGCCACUGUGCUCUACAUCAUAGUGCGCUGCCUCAACCUGAAGAGUCCCACAGCCGCCCCUGAAAUCACCUGUCAGGAUACCGCACUCAACCGCUACCUGCUCAAGUCCUGCUCCAUCUUAACCAAAGAGUAUAUUCCACCAUUGUUGUGGGGUAAGAGUGGACAUUUUCAAACUACGCUCUAUGGAAAGAUGGGCCGAGUGAGCUCUCCUCAUCCAUGUGGCAUGCGCUUGUAUCUUCCCAUGCAAGAUGGAGCUACAGCCACAUUUGACCUUUUCGAGCCUAUUGGUGACCAUCUAAGUGGUGAUGAUAUAACCAUGGUGAUCUGCCCUGGGAUUGGUAACCACAGUGAGAAGCAUUACAUUCGCACCUUUGUGGAUUACUCCCAGAAGCAGGGCUACAGAUGCGCUGUUCUAAACCACCUGGGGGCUCUUCCAAACAUCGAACUCACCUCCCCACGGAUGUUCACCUAUGGCUGUACCUGGGAAUUUUCAGCCAUGGUGAGCUACAUCAAACGGGCAUUCCCCCAGACUCAGCUCAUAGUGGUGGGCUUCAGUCUAGGUGGAAACAUUGUAUGUAAGUUCUUGGGGGAGAACCAGGCCAAUCAGGAAAAGGUGCUGUGCUGUGUGAGUGUCUGUCAAGGCUAUAGUGCGCUAAGAGCUCAGGAGACUUUUCUACAGUGGGACAGGUGCAGGAGACUUUAUAACUUCCUCAUGGCAGACAACAUGAAAAAGAUCAUCCUAUCCCACAGAGGAAGCCUGUUUGGCACACGGUCCAGCAAAAUGGAGAUAAUGGAUCUAAGUCACCUCUACACAGCCACAUCUCUGAUGCAGAUAGAUGACAACAUUAUGAGAAAGUUUCAUGGUCAUGACUCUUUAAAAGAAUAUUAUGAAAAGGAAAGCUGUGUACAUUACAUUCACAAUGUGAAUGUUCCCCUUCUCUUGGUGAACUCAUCAGAUGACCCUUUAGUCCAUGAAUCCUUACUGACCAUACCUCGUACACUAGCAGAAAAGAAAGAGAAUGUAAUCUUCGUGCUGACGCUGCAUGGAGGGCACCUGGGCUUCUUUGAAGGUGCUGUGCUCUUCCCUCAGCCUCUCACCUGGAUGGAUAAAGUUAUCGUCAGUUAUGCUAACGCUAUCUGCCAGUGGCAGAAGCAGCAGCCACAAUGUCGCCAAGCAACAGACUGCACAGAACUCAAAGGCAAAGCUUAACACUUUUCAGAGCCCAGUUCACUCAAAAGAGUAACUCAAGAGCAUUCAAAGCCUGAUGCAUUACCUGGGUGUCUACUGAUGAAAGGAAGUCUUACACAUUCACAUUUCUCUAUAACCACAGCCGGUUUUCAGCUCAUUAAUAUCAAAUCAUUCAGCACAAAGUCAAUAAAACAUACACAGUGGACUCUGAGGGCAUAUGGGCUCAAAGUGAGCUGGAUAUGCCUCUUUAGGUCAGUUGAUUAAGGGAUGUUUACUGAGAAGUGAAAGGGCAUAUGUUCCAGCAUUUGAACAUGUUCUUUGUGAGAUAUGUGGGGAUCCUUGAAAGUUUCACCGCAGUACAGUCAGGUGAUUUCUAAAGGGACCUUUUUUGUGUUUGUAUCUUGGUCUCAGUUUAUUGUGGUGUCUGAAGAAUGUCUUAAGCACAGACGCUCCUGUUGUGGGCAGGAGGUUUGUGCCAGCUGCUAAUGGGCAAUGCUGAUAAGGGAAGGAAAACAACAAUCAAGUAGACAAAAACAAACCCUUAGUUUUAGUUGAUUUCCUCUGUGUGACACUGCUGCCCCCUGGUGGCUAAAAGGAAAAUAUUUUAUUUUAUUAAAGGUAUGAAAAACAGGAAAUAUGUGGAUUAAAGAACACAUUUUUGACCAAGCAGUUGAGGAUUAAGUGAGAAAUCUCACUUAAUGUACAUGUAUGUAUAAAGCAAUAACGUAGCGUUCCAUUUUGCUAUGUUGAUGAUUAGUGGUGAGUUUACUGCUGUGUUUUUGUCUAUGAAUAUUGUGCUGCUGUUUGCUUCAUUAGUUAAAGUGUUAAUCCCAGAUGUUAAUCCCAGAAAAGGAGCUUUGAAGAAAAUCAUGUGACAACAGGCUACUUUUGCUUUCUUUAAUGCGAUAAUCUACAUCAUUUUGUGAUCAUCAUAAAAUAAACAAAAGGUUAAAUGUAUCAAGCAGCCUUAAAGAGGAAUUCUACUGUAGUUUCAAAAUGUCAUUCAAUGGUUAAGAUGUAAACAAAGUUAUUCAAUGUGGUUUAGUGCAAAAUGCUCUGUUCUAGAGAAACUUAAGAGUCAGAAUUGUUCACCGCAGUGGUGAUGGGAACCAGACAUCUGAAGUGAAGUUAAUACCUCUGUACAAGCUACCACACAGGAGGUUAUUAUAUGAAAUGUACCCUGACUGAUGCCUGAGACAUUCCUUUUAUGAUAGUUUUGAGAUAAGCUUUUGGCCUGAAACCUUUUUUUAAAAAUAUAUUCAUGGCAGAGAGGUACAUGCAAAGCCUUGUAAGGCAAAAUAGUACUCAAAGAAACUGUAUUCUUUCUGUUCUUUUAGAUUUACCACUAUUUUACCAUUAUCAACAUAUUAACAUUUUCCAUAUGAAUUUGUAGUGUAAACAUUAUGGCGCCUGUUUUCUUAACACCACUAUAAAGAAAUCAGAGUCUGUAAAGUUUCUCUUUGUUUACAUCUCAACGAUUGAACCAUGCAGAUAUUUGGAAAAAAUCAAAGGAAUUUCCCUUUAACUGUCCUGUCCUAUACAUGAAGUGUUGAUGUUUGAUAGCUAAGCUUAGUAGGACCAAUACUACAGCACAGCAGUGCUACACAGCAGUCCACUCGGUGGGAAAGCAUGGGAAAUAAGGAGAUCUGGAUUUUGACCGGUGUGUCAUAAGACUGCACAGUAGUUUCCAUUAUGUAGUAAAAUGAGCCACCCAGACUCUUCCAAAUGUGGAUCUAAUAAUAGCAACAGCUUUUCUGUUUGCAGUUCAAACUGUUAAUCCCUUAUUGUUCUGUGAAACAAGCCUAGUGGAUGUAAUAGUCCCAUAAGCGUACAACACAUGCAGGUCUUUGUUGUGAACACAGGAAAAAUUAAUGUGCAAUGUGCAAAAUAAACUAUUUU